ACGAGACUAAUACGAGAUUCAAGAUGUCAGCUGCCUUCGGAUUACAUUUUGGUUCAACUUCAGCGUGUUUGGCUGUAUAUAAGGAUGGGAAGACCGAUGUUGUAGCUAAUGAUGCUGGUGACAGAACCACUCCAGCUGUAGUGGCCUACACAGACCAUGACCAGACUGUAGGACUAGCAGCUAAGCAGGGUAUUGUCAGGAAUGCUACUAAUACUAUAUGCCAUGUUAAACAAGUAAUUGGCAAGUCUUACAAGCAACAUGAAAAAGAAAAUUCUACAAGUGGUUCAUAUGCAAAGGUUAUUAACAAAGAAGAUAAGAUUCUUUAUGAAGUAGACUAUAAAGAAAAAACAUUACAUGUUUCACCUGAAGAAGUUGCUACAAAGAUUUACAAAAAAAUGAUGGAAACUGCUACAAGUCAUGGUGAUGGAGACAUACAUGAUUGUGUUCUAACUGCUCCUAGAGACUUUUCUUCACAACAACGACAAAUCCUUAGUGAUUGUGCUACAAAGGCAGGGUUCAAUAUAUUACGUGUCAUCAAUGAACCAACUGCUGCACUACUAGCAUAUGACAUAGGCCAGUUAGAUAUAGAAGAAUACUGCAACACUGUGGUAUACAGACUUGGUGGUGUCUCACUAGAUGUAACCGUGGUUACAUGUUGUAAUGGCAUGUUUCGUUUACUCUCCACAGUCACUCAUGCAGACAUUGGUGGAGACUCUUUCAACGAUGCAAUCAUUGAGUACUUCUGCGGUGAAUUUAAAAGGCAAUGGAAGGAAGAUAUUCGUGGUAGCAAGCGGUCUAUAUCUAAGUUAAAGGUCGCUGCGGAGCGCUGUAAACACACACUCUCUACACUUCCGGAAUCUCAGUGCCAUGUUGACUCCCUUUAUGAUGGUAUAGACUUCAAUGGAAAAAUAAGCAGAGCCAGAUUUGAAGGUCUCUGUAGUGGACUGGUUCAGAGGUGUCUAAAUCCACUAGAAACUGCACUAAAGGAAGCUGGACUUCAAAAGAAUGAAAUAAAUAAGGUUAUUCUGACUGGAGGUGCUGCUAAAACACCUGUUUUACAAAGCCAGUUACAGAACUACUUCCCAGGGGCAGAGUUACUAAAUAGUACACCCCCAGAUGAGGUCAUUGCUGUUGGAGCUGCUAAACAGGCUGCCAUCCUAACGGGCAAUGAGAACCAUGAAUCAAAACAAAAUGAACAAGAAACUGAAGUAGAAUGUAUAGUAUCACCCAUACAAAUAAAGUUAAUGACUGAUGACACUGCCACCUAUAGUACAAUAUUUCCUGCCAUGAUGCCAGUUCCAGGGAGACGACAACGUAAAAUUCAACUUGGACCUCAACAGACUUCUUGUGUCCUUGAAGUAUUUGAACAACGAGAUGAAGAAAAUAGAAUACUUAUUGGAAAGGUGGUACUUCGUGAUUUACCAGUCCAGUCAGAAGUGUUGGCAGUCUUCCAUGCAAGGAGGGAGGGGAGUAUCCAUAUUACCUGUACCGAGAAAACUAGUGGAAAACAUGCAGACAUUCUUAUUGAAGUUGAAUGACGACACAUGACAAUUAGGUCUUAGAAAUCAUCACUUGUGGCUUAUUUGCGUCUUGAGUCCAGAAAAUCAUCUGUCAGGAAUACAAGGACUUAGUUGCCAUCUAGACCUGACUAGCAAACACAAGUUAUUUAUUCCCAGUUUUUCCCCUGCUGCUGGCUUUAUCGUCCUGAGAAAAUAUUCAUCGUAGUCGUGUUUUGAAAUACAAAGUAGAGUGGAAUGGACUGAAAUGAGCAAAGAAAACGGGUAUUUAACCAAUACUCCAUGUUGUAUAGAAAUGUCAGAAAAUCACACAGUUCAUUCAAAUGAUCGAGAGAAAAACAUUAAAGACAAUUGUGGUUAUUUUUCCUCAGUUAUUAUCUUGUAAACUGUUUUUUUAAUCUCAUACUGAAAUCCUGAUUCAAUGUUCUCAUGGGAGUAUUUUCUCAAUAGUACUCUUCUUAUGCAAAAUGUAAGGUUCAUCAUUAGCAGAUAAAUCCUGAAAUCAAAUCAACUCGAGUCAAUUUCACAUUGAUCUCUAUAGGGCUUUAUAGAUUUUUACUAGUUUUUUGUAGAACCUUAUUAGGGAUAUGGAGUAAAAUAAUAGCCAGUGAUAUUUCUGAUGUAAAAUUGAAAUUGUUGUAUCCUAGGAACAUAUCACACUUUAAUGUUUCCAAUAAACAAAGAUUUAGGGGAAACAAUUGUAUUAAGACACCCUUCUGUUAUUGAAUCAGUAUUUACCGCAGCUUUCCAUUCUGUUCAAUGUUAAUUCUGUUUAUGUGAACUCCUCAAUCUUAAUGCCAAGUUAUAUGAACAUUUAUGGUUUUGUUUGGAUGCACCCUUUACAUUCAUUGUUUCCAUUUGAUAUCAGCACAAAAUGUAAACUCUUUUAUCCAGUCUUUAAAGUUUCACUGGAUAUGAAAGCCAGGAAUAGAAAGCAUUAUGUUAUAUGCUGAAAAAAUGAUUUGAUAUAUUUGAUCAAUUAUUGAAGUAAUGAAAAAUUAAGAUACAGAAAUGUCUAAAUUAUUGUUGAAUAAUCUUGGAAAAACACUCUCAUCUUAUUAUUCCACAGAAUGUAGUCUGUGAGGGAUAUAGAGAAGCCUUCCGUCAGUCCAUUUGUCUGGACAAUAACUGAAAUAUUGGUUCACAGA